AUGACCGACAACGGAACUUUCCCCGAUGGUAAUAAAAGUCUGACUCUUAUUGGGGGAUUCGCAAUCGGUCUUGCGUUGGCGGAGAAUGUCAAAUCCGGCGCAGAGAGUGCUGAAGAUUUGGAGACUAUCGUGCGCAGGUUCGGUUCGGAUAAUCUCCCGCGCUAUAUUGGUGAGAAGGUCGGCUUGGUACAAGUCCUCGUUUCCGAUUACAUGUGUUCGGCCAAGGUCGCUGAGGCGGAGGAGGUUACGAUGAUUAUGUUUGUUAGGACUAUCCUUGACGCACUUUAUCUGGAUACGGGUAUGAGUGGGGUUAAAUCGUCGCUGGGAAAGUGCGAUGGGGUCCUUGGGAAAAGGAGCAAGAGUGAGCCUGGGGCAGAUGCGGCGAUGGGAUAUUUGGACGUGUUUGAUGAACCGUAUGGUGAGGAUGAGGGGGAGGGAAAGCGUACGAGAGCAGAUAUCGUGGAGAUAUGUGGCGCGGUAUGA